CUCACAGCCUCUCUAUUCUUAAAAGAUAAUUUGUUCUUAGAUCUGCAAACUCUUUCUGACUUCAUCGUACUUAGAAACCAUGGGUAUCCGUUUGCCUACUGCUUUGUCUCACGCUAAGAUGAUGCUUCGACGCUCUUUUCUGAUUGCAAACCAAACUGCUUCAGCGGUGGCAUUGGUUGUCCCAAAAGGCCACUUGGCGGUGUAUGUGGGAGAGGCUCAUCAGAAGAAGCGGUUUGUGGUUCCCAUAUCAUAUCUGAACCAUCCUUCUUUCCAAGAUUUGUUAAGUCAGGCCGAAGAGGACUUCGGAUUCGAUCAUCCAAUGGGUGCUCUCACCAUCCCCUGCAAAGAGGAUGCCUUCCUUCAUCUCACAUCUUACUUAAAUAGUUUAUGAUUAGAAAAGUGUAAAUAGAUUUUUGCAGAAGAUCUAGUGGAGGAGGGAAAAGAAGCUCCUUAUCCUCCCUAAAAAUUGUACAAUAGAUUCAUUGUUUUAUCCCUUUGAGCUCUAAACCAAAGAUUUCUUUUUAAACUA